ACGACCUACCCUCCUAUCGCACACUCCAAUCUCUCCGAGAGCCACACGCCAAUGGCCCCUACAAGGAGUGGAAAGAGUUCUCAGAAACGGAGCACGAAACCCACGACGAAACGCACCAGACGAGCGAAAACCCUCCCACCUCCUCCUCCUGAGCCUAUCACCCUCCCUCCCCUGCCGCCCCUCUCUCUACCGCAAGAGGACCUGCCUACAGUAGCCGUUAAAGUCCUCCCGUACCCCGCCAUAAAGCACGAACGCGGACAAACCUGGAUAGCAGACGAGAGACCGUCGGCGCAGCUCCAAAAGGGAAGCCGCAUCACGAUCUGCACUGACGCCCAGACGUCGGGGAUCGGGCGACUAUCAGGAAUCACAGACCUGCGCAGGCACUGGGUCACGUUCGCGAUAGUAGGCACCCCACAGCAGAACAACCUGCGCGUCCCCAUCCCAUGGGCCGCCCUAGAUGGUCUGGAGAGCUUUACGCAUCAGAAGCACUACUUCGUCCUUCCCAGCGAUCCACCCCCGCACCGCUCUUACGCAGACAUCGCCGUCUUCUGCGACGACAACGAGAACCCCUACGAAUUCGACAUCGACGAAGACGACGUCCCCGGCUUCUCUAGAAGGAUAGCGAACAUCGUCCACACUUACUGGGGCAACCUUGAACGAGACGGACAGAGAGCGAGGCUAGUCCGCUAG